AUGAUACUUGAGAAUACCUCUGAUAAAGAUGAAGCUUUAUUAUUUACUGAUGACAGCUUUAUUGACAAAGCUGACUUGAAAUUUUUUUACAGAAAAUGGCUUUCAUACUGCACUGGAGCUCAAGGAGUAGAUACUGCAAGGAAUAACUUAAUUCAAAAUAGGGAGUUUUCUAUGACCAUUAAAUCUGAGAUAGAUCAGGAUGAAAUAUACCUCAGAUGGCAAAACUUUAAGACAAUUGACCAACUAAAGCAAGAGAUUGUAGCAAGAACUCCACAUAAAUUUGAUAUUGGAGCAAUUUACAAUAUUCCCAUAUCUGAGAAAGAAAUCACACCUAUUAAAUUUAAGCCUGUCCAAAGAGAGUUAGUGUUUGACAUUGAUAUGAAUGACUAUGAUGAUAUUCGAACGUGCUGCCAAGAAAAAACUGUCUGUGAGAAGUGCUGGCUUUAUGUAACUGUAGCAAUUCGUCUUAUAGAUACGUCUUUAAGACAAGACUUUGGUUUCAAACAUAUACUUUGGCUAUAUUCUGGAAGAAGAGGGGUUCAUUGCUGGGUUUGUGAUACUAAAGCCAGACUUUUACCCUCUGAAGCAAGAACUGCUAUAAUUGACUACUUAACUCUGAUCACAGGUAAUGAAAAUAGAAAGAAGAAGGUGAAUUUAAAGACUCCAAGUAAUCAAAAUGGGGCAAAGUCACAUCCAUUUAUAGACAGGUGCUUCAACAUAUGUAUGCAAUACUUCCUCCAAAUACUGGAAAAUCAACAAUUGUUUGAUCACAAAUCUAUCCAUAUUAACAAAGUCUUAAACCAUCUUUCUGAAGAUACUAAAGUACAUCAAACAAUUCAAAAUUGGAUCCAAAAAACACCAGAUUUCACUUGUCUUGAAUUCUGGGACUUUCUUUCAAAUACUUUGCAAAAUUCCUCUGAUAGAUCACAUCAUACUCUUUUUAAAGAAAUUGUAUUUGCUUACAGCUAUCCAAGAUUGGAUAUUAAUGUCAGUAAAGAUCUUGGACACCUUUUAAAAGCCCCUUUUUGCAUUCAUCACUCUACUGGUAGACUAUGUAUUCCCAUUGAUAUAAGUCAAAACUUUAAUUUUAAUCCAAAAACUGUCCCUACACUAACUAAAAUUAGAAAUGAGUAUGAUAACAUUAACCAAAAGGACAAUAAUUCUAAUAAUGUAUCUAUGAUACCUUCAAGUAUUAAUAAAUACAUAAAAUAUAUGGACAAUUUUGUUGAUAAUCUUAUUGAAGAUAUCAAGAAGGAACAAGAAGAAUAUAACACUAUGCUACAAUUAAUUAAUAAGUAG